CCAGUAGUCCAGCGGCUGCCGAUCUUAUCGCAGCCGCGGCGAUAAGAUACGCCGCCGCGCGCGGGCCUUCUUCCCCUUCCGCAAGGGAAAAAAAAAAGAUUUCAUCACCUCAGUUAGGCUUGCUCCUUCUCCGCCAGCACCAAAGUUUCCAAACAAACACCUCCCCUUUAUAAUUCAUUCUCUGCAGGGACUGAUCAAUCCCCAUACCCAAAAUGCCGCACAAACAUAAACGCAGACAAAAAGACUCCGACGCAUACGAUCUCCCUCCCAACCGAAUCGCCAAACCCCUCCCCGUCCGCGACCCCUUAACAGCCAACACGCCCAAACCCAAAGGCGGGCCGAAAAACCACAACCGAAAGAAACCCACCGGCACCGCGCGCAAGGAAAACCCGCAGACCAAGCAGCCGAAACCAAGCCCAAAAGAUGCCGCCGCCGCGGCCGCAGCCAACUCGCGUCCGAAAUCCGCGUUUGAUGAUGAUGAUACCCCGCGCGCGUUUCGGUGGUUGAUGCAGCGGCAGCAAUCUCAGUCCCUGUCCCAGGGGAGGAAGAAGAAUGAGGGGAGUGGUGAUGAGGGGGGUAGUGAUGACGACGGUGUCACGAGUAGGAGUAAUAAGAAGCGCAAGCGGGGUGGGGUGGAGGCGGGGGAGGGUCCUCAAAAGAAGCAGCAGAAGCAGCAGCAGCAGCAGCAGCAGAAGCAGAAGCAGAAGAAGGGGGGGAUGGAUACGGCAACGAAACAGUCCAACGAUGAUGCCACAAACACAACAACGGCACCCCUCAAGAUUCUACCCGGCGAGAAGCUCUCCGACUUCGCCGCCCGCGUGAACAGGGAAAUGCCCCUCGCCACCAUGAACCGCUCCAGCAGGCCCGCGGCCGCCGAGCUGGCCAAGAUUCGCGAGCAUAAGGUCACGAAGCACGAGAAGCAUCUGCUGCGGCUGCAGGCGAUGUGGCGCAAGGAGGAGGCGGAGAUCCUGGAGAAGGAGGCGGCGCAGCGCGAGGAGCGCGAGGAGGAGAUGGAGGAGCAGCUGCAGUUGUGGAAGACCUGGGAGGCCGAGGCGGGCCAGCGCAAGGCCAAGAAGAAGGGGUCCGGCACCAAGAAAAAGGGGAAGCAGGCCGGGACCGAGAGCACAGUGGAUGAUGAUCCGGACCCGUGGGCCAAGCUAAACAAGCGCGAUCGCGUCAAUAAACAGCUCAAUCCCUUGGAUGUCGUGCAGGCGCCGCCCCAGUUGACCAAGCCCAGAGAGGUCUUCAAGAUCCGCGGUGGCGCCAAGGUCGACGUCGCCAAUGUGCCUGCUGCGGUGGGAAGUUUGAGGCGCCGUGAGGAGUUGGCUACGGAGAGACGGAAUAUCGUCGAGGAGUAUAGACGGUUGAUGGCGGAGAAGAGAAAGGCGGCCUAGUCGCGUUUUUUUUCCGAUCCAAGGCUGCUGAAUUGAGAAUUGUGAAAUAGAAACGAUAUCCUUAUUGCGAAAUG